AUGGAAGGUGAAGACCGCAUCGGAAACGAAGAAGAAGAUAAUCCAGAAGCGGAAGCAGAAGUGGAAGCAGAAUCUGAAGAAGAAGAACUCGUGAUGGACGACAUAAGUGACACAGCAUCCGAUGACCAGAAGGACACGGUACAUGUGAGUAACAGUCGGACAAUCAAGUUCAAAGGAAACGAAGACGAAUGGCGAACCUGGAAAGGGAAGACGAUUGCGACCGCAAUGCAACAUCGUUUCUACCAAGCGCUAUUUAUGCAGGAAACCCUGGCAUCUAUGGAAGAGGUGAAUGCAGGAACUGCAAGCAAGACUGCGCGGAAAGCGUUCUUGAGAAACGUCCAGGCUUAUGCCCAUCUGGCACUGUGCUGCGAAAAGACCGCAUACUCUUAUGUCGAAAAUGCGGUGACGGAACGAGCGCCGAUGGGCGAUGCCUACGAAGCAUGGAAGAAACUGUGCGAGAGGUACGAACCGAAAGAAAUCGAAUCGGACUACACAAGUAUUGAGCAUUCAUUUAAGGACUGUACUAUUGGCAGUAUUAAUGAAAACUGGAGCUUACACGACCACGUCAAUGGAGGCAUUUAA